ACCAUGAAAAAGAUCCUAAAGGAGAUUGGAGAUGCGAAGGAGGUUAGAAGUCCAACCUACAACUGGCGGCGAUGUUCAUCAAAAACAGUGGGAGGAGGAAGGAAGAUUUCUACAACAAUGUGAAGAUGGAGAUAAAUAACUUGAGGAAGUGCUAUGACCCCAAAGAUGUAGAGAAAUGGAAUGAUGAGGAGUUGGCCUUAAUGUUCGUUGUGGACGGCUGUGCAUUGUUGAAUUUCAUAUACAUUGAUGUGAAUAAAAAGUGGAAGGAAUUGGGAGGCAAGAAUUAUCUAGUCGCCUUUCCGAAGCUGGAUUUAUUCUUGCUUGAGAACCAACCACCCUACCAACUCCUUAAGAUACUAAUAAAGACGUGCAAUAAAGUCCCCGAUAAUGAGAAAGUGAAAGAUUCAAACCUCGCCAGGGAAUUGAAGAAGUCCAUCAUCAGCUUCAUCAAUAUGAAUGACACGAGGCCGGGUGCAAAACAUGAACAAGAUGAGAAACUGGAUAGCAAUUUGGGGAACCUAAAGAAUUGGCACACACUUCGCAACAUAAAGGAGCUGAAAGAUCAUGGGAUUUCGUGUAAACCGAGCGAGACGAGCAGCGUCAUGGAUAUUACAUUCUGCCCCAAUUUUUACAUGGCAGCUCUAAAGCUGCCUCCCAUCAAGGUUGACCAUUACACGGUGCCAAAGUUGAUGAACUUGAUAGCAUAUGAGAUGUCGGAGGAUGUGAAGGAAUUGAGAGAUGCUGGCAUUCUGGGCAACAGACUAGGAAGCGACAAAGCUGUAGCGAGGCUGUUCAACAAGAUCAGCACAAAUCUGGUGGCUGGUGUGCCAAAUCCUAAGCAAUACAAGGAAUUGACACAUAGAAUCCAAGAACACUGCAACACUGCGUGGAGCAUCCACUUGGCUCAGCUCUAUCACACCUAUUUCAGCAGGCCCGAGAGCAUCUUGGCCUUCCUUGGUGCUCUACUUGGUCUUAGUUUGACAGCUGCGCAGACUUAUAAGAGCUUCAAUUGACGACUGCAGCCCAUACAGUCAAAAGAAAUAUUCACAUGUUUAACCUAUAGUUAUAUUCGGAUUAUACUUAUGUUGUGACAUUUCUGAUUUCCUGUGCGGCUGUGCUGUCAGUUAUUUUCUGUGCAUAACCAAUAUGAUCUGCACAUAGGUAUUCCUACUUUAUUUCUUAUUAUCCCUAUCUAGUUUGAUACUCUGUAAUGUCUGUUUUCUUCAGUCUUAUAUAUAGUGAUCUUGUUGAUGUACGUGUUGCAUAUAUAUAAGUUCGAAGGAAUUAGCAGCAAAUUGAUAAUGAAUCCUGGGGUAUACU